AUGAGUCUACAAAUUCCGCGAUUGAUAAUGCCUUGCGGAACACAUCGUUAUCGUGCACAAUUGUGUAUGUAUAGACGGAGGGUUCGGCAGAUAUGUUGCCACGACUUACGGGUGGGCACCUUCCGGAAAAGGAUUGAGGGGUUGAACGUGAGGCCGACAAUACCUAGGAGAGUUUGGAUAAAGUGCCCAACGAAGAGUGGUUUAGAGGCGUACCGGGCCGGGUUAAGGAGGUCACCAAGGGCUUUAAGAGGUGAGUGCUGGCUUUCUCAUCGAUAGGAUAGGACCGGCACUAAACGGUUGUUGAAGACGUACACGGUAUCCACUGUAGAAUCUUCGGGGGCGUCUUCUUGAGCCGGUUGCCAAUAUGCACGA